UUCAAAACAAAAUCGGGCAGCGAACGGUGAACGUCGCUGCGUCGGACGUCUUCGUUUUCGUGUUUUGUGUUCGCUGUCAACCACCCCCGCCGGCAAAUCCGCCCCUGGCAGCAAACGAGUGUUUUUACGCUUUUGCUGAAUGAAAAGGAUCGAAUGUCCCGGCUAGCAGGUGCCCACUGUGCCGAGUGAAUGCAAUGAGUUGUCCUACAGAAUGCACUCGCUGCACGGACGGUUCAUGAGAAUUUGACAUUUAACUGCAGUUCGGCUUGGUAGAUUUGUUUUUGUUGGCUUAUUUGUUGUAUUUUGUGGCGUGGGCUAAGAUUGGCGGACACACCCACCCGAAAACAAAAACAAAAAGUAGUCCAAAGGCCCCAAUAACUGUGCAUGUGUGUGUGUGUGUGUGCCCAAGUGCUGUUGUGUGUGUGCGAGUGAGAGGAAAGGGAUUCGAAUCGAGCCGGUUUUCCCGAGUUAAUUGACAAAGCAAACGGAGAAAAAACACACAGCAAACAUAAGCAAACAACGGGAACGGGAAAACUAAACAAAGGCGAUUAUAGAAGAACUGCCGAGAUGUUCCAAGCAAACUGAAAAUCCUAAAUCAUAUUCAUCCUGCGGAUGCGAGGGAGACCACAAAAAUGCUCAAUACCCUAUAAUUAGCUCCGUUAUUCCAACCCCAAACAUCAUGGCCAAAAUCUACCCGCCCCCGCGCCCCCUUACAAACAUGGCCAAAUUCCUGGCAGCCCUCGUCAUUUGCUCUUGGCUCUUCGUUUCGGCCACCGCUCACAACUGUCAGCAUCAGCAUCCAAAGGCCCAUGAGGUCGUCCAUGGCGUGCGCAUCCAACUGGCCGAUAGCGAAGACGACUCCGCCGGAGAGGGAGAGCCGUCCAGGCAUAGCGUGCGCCGGCGCAGCGUUGCCGCCGAGCAGCCGCUGCGAAUUCUGCUCGUCUACGACGACUCCGUCUACAGGCUGGAAGAAGAGAAAUUUAAUUUGAUAAAUGACACCGUGCUCCCGGAAGCCGUGCAGUUCUGGGAACAGGCGCUGAUGGUGCGAGAGACCAAGGGCGUCAUUCGCCUCAAUAGAAAAUGCGACAGCACCCAGGUGUACGUGAAGAACGGCCACACCCACUGCAUUGACCACUGCAAGGCGACGACGAUGUGCGGCGAGGUCCAGGUGCCCGACGCCCACUUGGAUGUCUGUCGCGUGUGCAAUGCCACUGGUCAGAACUGUCGAGUCGAUAGUAAUACGCAGCCUGGCGAAGGUAUUGAGAACGCGGACUUUGUCUUCUACGUCUCCGCCAGACAGACCCAGCGUUGUUUCAAGGGUCUGACCGUGGCCUAUGCGGCCCACUGUCAGCAGGAGGCGGCUCUGGACCGUCCCAUCGCCGGCCAUGCCAAUCUCUGUCCGGAGAGCAUUAGCACCAAGCCGCAGGAGCUGCAGACGCUGAUCUCCACUGUAAAGCACGAGAUCUUGCAUGCCCUGGGCUUCUCGGUGAGCCUGUAUGCCUUCUUCAGGGACGAUGAAGGAAAACCCCGGACGCCCCGAAAGUUGGACACUGGCAAGCCGUACCUCAAUGAAAAAUUGCAGAUCCAUCAGUGGAGCAAUGAGACCAUACGCAAGGUGGUGCGAGAGAACUGGUCUGUGCGUGGUGGCCAUGUCAACAAGGUGGUGGACAUGAUGGUUACACCCCGUGUGAUUGCCGAGGUGCGCGCCCAUUUCAACUGCAAUAAGCUGGAGGGCGCCGAGCUGGAGGAUCAAGGCGGCGAAGGUACCGCCCUGACCCACUGGGAAAAGCGCAUCCUCGAGAACGAGGCCAUGACUGGCACGCACACACAGUCGCCGGUCUUCUCGCGCAUCACCCUCGCUCUGAUGGAGGACUCCGGCUGGUAUCGAGCCAACUAUUCGAUGGCUACGCCUCUGACUUGGGGCAAGGGGCUGGGCUGCGCGUUUGCCAUGAGGAGUUGCAAGGAUUGGAUACAGUAUAACCAUGCCAGGGGCCGCUCUAUACAUCCCUUUUGCUCAAAGGUUAAGCAGGAUCCUCUCCAAACCGAAUGCACGGAUGAUCGCAACUCGGUGGCCCUGUGCAAUCUUAUACGCCAUGAGUUUGAGCUGCCCAAGGGCUACCAGAACUUCGAUAGCCUGAAUCAUGUGAAGGAUGGUGAAGAGGGCUUUUACGGAGGAUCAGUCUCGUUGGCGGAUCACUGUCCCUAUAUUCAGGAGUUCACUUGGCGUAGCAAGAAUGUGAUUGUAAGAGGAUCUCAUUGCCGCUUCACGGAGAAUAAUCCAAAACCUGAGAAGAACUUCGCCCUGGAGAGCUACGGCGAGGGAGCCAAGUGCUUCGACCACAGCGAGUCCAUGUGGGAGGAGAGAUCCUGUCACCAGACGCGCGAGUGGCAGCACUGGGGCAGUGGCUGCUACAAGUACGACUGCUUCGACGGCAGGCUGCACAUCCUGGUGGGCAACUACAGCUACAAGUGCUCCUUUCCCGGACAGAAGCUAUCCAUCCGGAUCGCGGCCAACGGGUGGCUGCACAAGGGGGCGAUCAUGUGCCCGCCAUGUCACGAGCUGUGCGGAGCCCAGUUUGCCGCCCAGGGGAAGCAGUGUCGUCCGGGCGAGGAGCCCGAUCCGCUCAACAAAUACCCGCGCGACAACCUCGCCUGCGGAGCGGGCGGCGAGACAUCACGUUCCGUGGCCAUAAUCACCGCUGCUCUCCUGCUUUUCGGCCUGCGCUGGGGUCUCAGUUAGACUGGUCAGAAUGUGCGGGGUGCAGUUUUAUUUGCUCUAUAUGUAUUUAGUGAAAUUUGUACAUUCUAGCUGUAUGGUCUAAGCUCAACUUGUCUAAACGUAGGUCGAUUGUAAGUGUAAUACUCCCAGCAUCUGAAUGGGUCGGUUUUAUUGGCAAAGAAAUUAGCUGCGAUUGUAAUCUUUGGACAAUUUUUAACAUUUUGCACAAACUAUCUAAUCUUGCAAAUUUUUGGUCCACCUAAAUUGUUCUUUAUUUACGCUUCAGAAAAUUGUUUAAUAUAAUGCUCAAAUAUUGUCCAUGAAUUAAUUUUUGUACCUUUAUGUGCAUAUAUUUUUUUGCAACCGUUCAAAUUGACCCCUCCUACCAAACAUUUAGCAUAUAAUCGUAAUUGUAUUUUAUCCAUCCCAAAAUGUGAUCUUCUUUAAGCGCGUCCUCUGACUUGUAUUGCAUUUCAAAAUUCUGCUUUCAUAUAAAGCCAAUACCUUCAAAGUGGAGCAUCCAAAGACAGUUCUUUGUAUCUUGAAUACUGAUCUGUACAUUCCAAAGCCUAUUGCGAAAAAUAUUUAAUAUUUGGUACGGUGGCAUUUGGCAGUUCCAGUUGCUUGUUGUUAAAUUCUUUGUUAUUUAUUAUGAAUAUGGUUUUCGAAAUUUGUUGAUUGCCUUGUGAUUUAUGUAUUCGAUUAGUUUUGUCUAAGUUCAAUGUGUUUUUCUAUUUCUGCUGCCUAUCAAGCAUUUAAGAUCUGUAAACUCAACCCUCGAUUUAUAAACUAGCUCUUAAGAACCUAAACUUGAAUUGUGAAUAAACCAAGAGACCCUUGUACUCGCAA